CGGGGGGAGGGCGAGGACGCCAGUGACGGGAUGGGAAAAGUAUGCCUGGGGCGGGCGCCGACCCUGCUGCCGCCGCCGCGGGAAGCGGGAACGCGGAGCCCCGCCGAGAGCUGGGUCGCGGCGGACGCCCCUGGACGUGGCCGGCGGCUGCGAGGGUACCCACCAUGAUCCCUUGGGUGCUCCUGGCCUGUGCCCUCCCCUGCGCGGCCGACCCACUGCUUGGUGCCUUUGCCCGCAGGGACUUCCAGAAGGGCUCCCCUCAACUCAUCUGCAGCCUGCCUGGUCCCCAAGGCCCCCCAGGUCCCCCAGGAGCCCCAGGGCCCUCAGGAAUGGUGGGAAGAAUGGGCUUUCCUGGCAAAGAUGGCCAGGAUGGCCAGGAUGGGGACCGGGGGGACAGUGGAGAGGAAGGUCCACCUGGCCGGACAGGUAACCGGGGAAAGCCAGGACCAAAGGGCAAAGCCGGGGCCAUUGGGCGGGCCGGCCCUCGAGGCCCCAAGGGGGUCAGUGGUGCCCCAGGGAAGCACGGCACGCCAGGCAAGAAGGGGCCCAAGGGCAGGAAGGGGGAGCCGGGCCUCCCGGGCCCCUGCAGCUGCGGCAGUGGCCGUGCCAAGUCGGCCUUCUCUGUGGCGGUGACCAAGAGCUACCCAAGGGAACGGCUGCCCAUCAAGUUUGACAAGAUCCUGAUGAAUGAGGGUGGCCACUACAACGCGUCCAGUGGCAAGUUCGUGUGCGGCGUGCCGGGGAUCUACUACUUCACCUACGAUAUCACGCUGGCCAACAAGCACCUGGCCAUCGGCCUGGUGCACAAUGGCCAGUACCGCAUCCGGACCUUCGAUGCCAACACUGGCAACCACGAUGUGGCCUCGGGCUCCACCAUCCUGGCUCUCAAGCAGGAUGAUGAGGUCUGGCUGCAGAUCUUCUACUCAGAGCAGAAUGGACUCUUCUAUGACCCUUACUGGACCGACAGUCUCUUCACAGGCUUCCUCAUCUAUGCUGACCAGGAUGACCCCAAUGAGGUGUAGACAGGCUGGUGUUGGCUCUUCAGGGAGGAAACAAGCUCCUGGACUUCUGCUCCCAGAACAAGACCCCCACCCAGGCUGCUGGGUGACCGUGGGAGCUUCCAGCCACAGGCCAACCUCCUCUGCCCAUUUGUAACUCCAUCAUUAAACCCAGGCUUUUUUAUUCAUCCUUC